CUGCAGCCACCCGCAGCCAACCGCUCCCAUGCAGGGCUCCCAGCGAGCUGCCCUCAUUCCCUGGAGUACUGAGAUCUGUCAAAGGGCCUCACGGCCCGCUUUGGAAGCAUCACAGGCGCUUGCGCGUACAGACUGGUCCCUGCAUGGCCUGCACGCCGGGAUGGUUCCCCCCCUUUCCCUCAACCUUUGAGCGCAAUGACGCCGAGGGUAACCGCUACUGGGGCAAGCCGCUGCAGCCGGCGGUGGCCAUGGUGGCUAUGAUGGCUAUGUGAUUUCCGGUCUGGGGUUUGCCGAUUGUCGCCGCACGGACAGCACGCGAACGUCGCACUGGUGCGAGCAGUUUUGCCUUCAGCCGUUAUGAUUCUUGGCUAGGUUUCCCUCCUCGAACUCGUCUCGAAUCAUCAAAUAUGCUGUUGCCACUUGGCCACUGACACUGACACUGACACUAUCACGACCAUUCACGACCAUUUUAGCGUGUGACAUUUUACACAAUUGUAUGAUAGCAGCAUAACCAAUGGCAAAUACUGAGCAUGAAAAACCACGGCCCAAGAAGCAGCGGCGCUCCGGCGAGCUGCGAGAGAACGAUGCCGCGGCGGCUGAAAGGCGAAGGCGCAUCGACGCAGAGCGGCGGCAGCUGCCGGCUUGGGCGGCUCGCGACAAGCUGCUGGCGCUGCUCCAGCAGCACCGCACGCUGGUGCUGGUCGGAGAGACUGGCAGCGGCAAGACCACGCAAAUCCCGCAGUUCCUGCUCGCUGCAAAGUUCGGCAAGAGCAGUGGCAGCAAGGGCGCGGUUCCGGAUGACGGGGCGGACGAGGGCGCGGCUGCAGGGCCGGGUCCCGGCUCAGCGCGCACCGCUGCAACCGCCCCCGCUGCUGGCGGCCACCGGGCGUACGGCGGCGGCCAGUGCAUCGCAGUGACCCAGCCCCGCCGGGUUGCGGCUAUGACAGUGGCACGGCGUGUGGCGGAGGAGAUGGGGACGAAGAUUGGGCAGCAGGUGGGCUACGCAAUCCGUUUUGAGGACGUGACCUCCCCCGCCACCCGCAUCAAGUACAUGACGGACGGUCUGCUGCUGAGGGAGGCGCUGGUGGACCCGCUGCUGAGCAGGUACCGGGUGGUCGUCAUCGACGAGGCGCACGAGCGCACCGUGCACACGGACGUACUGCUGGGCCUGAUCAAGGGGGUGCAGGCCCGGCGCGGCGACGACUUCCGGCUGGUGGUGAUGAGCGCCACUCUGGACGCGGCGCGCUUCGUGGACUACUUCCCCGGGGCCGUGGCGGCGCUGGUGCGGGGCAGGCAGUUCCCAGUGCAGGUGCUGUACACGGCCCGGCCCGAGGACAACUACCUGGACGCCGCCAUCAACGCCACACUGCAGGUGCACGGGGAGGAGCCCGAGGGCGACGUGCUGGUGUUCCUGACCGGCCAGGACGAAAUCGACUCGGCGGAGCGACUGCUCAAGGACCGGCUGAGCUCGCUGCCCGCAGCCGCCAGGAUGGCGGGCGUGGUGGGCGCUGCCGCCGAGCUACCGGGGGAGGAGGCAGCGGAGGGCGGCGGCGGCGGCGUGGAAGGCGGCGGCGGCGGCCCCGCCGCCGCGGAGGCUGCCGCGGCGGUGGGCGGGCGACCCCGGGAGCUGCUGGUGUUGCCUAUCUACGCCGCACUGCCGCCGGAGCAGCAGAUGAAGGUGUUUGAGCCCGCGCCGCCCGGCACACGCAAAGCCAUUCUGGCCACCAAUAUUGCCGAGACGUCCAUCACCAUACCCGGCGUCAGGUACGUGAUUGACACGGGCCACGUGAAGGCUCGCGACUACAAUGCUAAGCUGGGGCUGGAGAGCCUGGCCGUGGUGCCAGUCAGCCAGGCCCAGGCUCGGCAGCGGAGUGGUCGCGCGGGUCGCGAGGGGCCGGGCAAGGCCUACCGCCUGUACACGGAGGCCGACUUCUCCCAGCUGGCCGCCACCACGCCACCCGAGAUCACCCGCUGCAACCUGGCGUCGGUGGUGCUGCAGCUCAAGGCCAUGGGCAUUGACGACGUGUUGGGUUUCGACUUCAUGGACCCGCCGCCGCGCACUGCCAUCCUGAGGUCUUUGGAGCUGCUAUUCGCGCUGGGGGCACUGGACAACAGCGGCAAGCUCACAGAGGAGGUGGGGUUGCGGCUGUCGCGGCUGCCCGUGGACCCCAUGUUCGGCCGCGUGCUGCUGGCGGCGGCGGAGCUGGGCUGCGGCGUGGAGGCGCUGGCGGUGGUGGCCAUGGUGUCUGCGGACAACGUGUUCCACACGCCGCGCCAGAAGGAGGCGGAGUGGCGGGCGGCCCGGCUCAAGUUCCUGAGCCGCGAGGGCGACCACCUCACACUGCUGAACGUGUUCCGAGGCUUCAUGGAGCUGCCUAAGGAGUCUCACAAGGCCCGCACUGGCUGGUGCUCCGACAACUUCAUCAACAUCCGCGCCUUGCGCAAGGCCGAGGACAUCUACACGCAGCUGGUGCGCUUCAUGGGCCACCCCUGCCCGCCCGGCCUGGGCCUGCCGCUGGCUACCUGCGGCGACGAGACCACGCCGCUGCGCCGCGCGCUCACCGCGGGGCUGUUCCCGCACGCGGCGCGGCUGCAGCCGGACGGCUCCUACCGGGUCAUUGCCACCGGCCGCCAGGUGUUCCUGCACCCCAGCUCUGUGCUGCUGGAGCGCAAGCCCGACUGCCUGGUGUUCAACGAGCUGAUGCACACCACCCGCACCUACGCCCGAGACGCCACAGCCAUAGAGGCGCGCUGGCUGCCCGAGCUGGCGCCCGCCUUCUUCGCAGCCAAGGCCAGCGCCGCCACCGCGGGGGUCAGCGCGGCCGGGGCGGCGCGGUGACGAGGCUGAGGGGGUGAGGGGCUCGCAUGGGGUUGGUGGCACCAGGUGCAGCGCAUUUGCAUGGGCCGUGAGCAUAGCCGCGCGCUAUGGGGUGAGGGCAGGGAAGGGUCGGAGGAGGAGGGGAGGAGAGGCAGGAUGCAGUGCGACGGUCCGCGGCGUUGCGGGCGUCGGCUGGUUGCGUGCGGUGUCGGGCAGUCUGCCGGGUGGACGGUGGCUUCAUGCCAGUGUGCGUGGCAGCGUGGCGCGUAGCAAGUGGCGCCUGAAUUGUCAGGGCGCAGGCUGUGGCCGUGUACAGUGUGGGCAUGCGCGGUGUCGGAAUGCGGUCGACCUGCGUGUUCAGCCGUUCAGCGCCCACUGGCUAGCGGCUGGCGGCUAGCGGGGCGUACAACAUCUUCGGUCCAGAUGUCACAUGCGUCGCCAGCUCCAUCAGUCCAUCGCAGUUUGUUUGCCCCGAGACCCCGAGACCCAUCUGCCGAAGGCUCCUGAAUGGCGGGAUGCCCUCUUGGGCUGCCCCAACACGCGAAAGGCUAUGCGUUGUGCUCCCCCAGGAACCUAGGUAAGAAUGA